AUGAAUAUUUUACAACUUAACGAAUUAACAGAUGAGAUGAUGAAUUUAAGUCUUAAUAAUUUUUAUAAUUUUAUUGAAAUUGCAUUAAAUAAAGAUUUAUGUGAACUUUUUCAAGUUCAAGCAAUUCGAGAAAUGUCAUCGUUAUCAUCUGCAACAAUAGAUCAAUUGACACAAGUAUUCACUUUCGAAAUCGAUGAGUUAAAAGGUUUAAAAAAAUCACUUGGUUUCACGACAAGUGAUGGAAAUUUUCAUCUUCGACUUGGUCAUCGAAAGUUAUUAGAACAUUUAUUAUCUUUAGUACAAGCAAAAAAAACUUUGUCUGUGAAGAAUCGUGAAUUAUCAAAUAAUUUUAUAGAAAAUGAUACAGAUAAAAAGUUAAUCGAGUUGUUAAAACAUCGGACAUCUAAUUUAUCCGACGGACAUAGUGUUUCUAUUCUUAUUCCAUGGAUUAUAAAUAUUUUUCAAAAUUUAAAAACAACAAAAAAUAAAUAUAGUUAUGACAUACAUAUUCAACAAUUUGCAUUAUUAAUAUAUAUUCUUGGAGGUAGAAAUUGUUAUGAAUUUCUUCGCUUAAAUCUAUCCGGAUCAUUACCUCACAUUUCAAAUGUGGAAUCAUUGAUAAGAAAUCAAGAAAUGAGAAUGAUUGAAAGCGAAUUUCGAUUUCAAUUAAUAAAAGAAUAUUUAAAAUCGAAUAAAUCUAAUUAUGUAUUUAUAGCUGAAGAUGCUACUAGUUCAAUAUGUCGUAUAGAUUACGAUGCAACAUCUAAUUCAUUUAUUGGUUUCUCUUCACCUUUAAUUAAUGGAGUACCACAGCCGAAUUUUUUUCAGACAGAAAAUUUCGAGCAAUUAGAAUUAUGGUUUAAUGAAAUAGAUAAAGCGAAGUUUAUUAAUCUUUAUAUGCUAAAAUCUUUAGUAUUAUCUGAUCCACCAUUUAUUUUGGCAGCUUAUGGAUCUAAUAAUAAAGCUAAAGCAAUUGAAAUCUUAAAAAGGUGGUUAUUCAUUUAUCAUCAAUGUUUAAUCCAAGAUAUACAUGUUAUAGGUUUUAGUACUGAUGCUGAUUCACGUUUUCUCAGGGCAAUGAGAAAUACCAAAACAAUGGUCUUGGUUUUUCAUGGAAGAGCAACAAAUUCUUUUUUUAUGCAAGAUGGUAUUCAUAUUGCCACAAAAUUUAGAAAUAGAUUGCUUUCUGAAAAAGCACAUAUGAAAAUAGGAUCUUAUUCAAUUGAUAUUCAGGAUGUAUUUGAUUUAAUUGAAUAUGAAAGUAAAAUAGAGCACAAUUUAAUUAAAUGUGACGUCGAUCCCAAAGAUCGUCAGAAUUUUGCAUCAUGCUUAAGAAUAUCUUCUAAAGAUGUGUUAAAUUUACUAGAGAAAAAUGAAAAAGCUACAGGAACAUAUGUAUACUUAUCUUUAUUACGAUCAAUAAUUGCUGGAUUUAUUGAAAGAUCAACAACAAUCGAAGAACGAUUAUUUCACAUAUGGACUGUCGUUUUUACGUGUAGAUUUUGGUUUUCAUGGAUACAAUAUUUAGAAUUAGAAAAUGAUAAUAAUAAUUCAGAAACUCUAUCAGAUUUGAAAAAAAAUACUUUUAUCACCAAGCCAACUUUUUGGUGCAUUGAAAUUAAUGCUCAUACAUUACUUUUUAUAAUACUUUUAGUUGUCAAAAACAAAUUACCUGUUGAUGCACUUAAUACAUUUGCUUUCAAUUCACAGAUAUGUGAAAAUACUUUCAGGAUCGCUAGAUCAUUAUCAGGUUCAUUUUCUUCAAAUACAAAUUUUAGUGUAAAAUCAUUUUUAAAGAGAUGCGAAAAAAUAUCGAUUAUCAACUCAAUUAAAAAUCGUGGUGGACAAGUAGGAGAUUACCAGUUUUAUUUUCCACAACAUCAUAAAAAUCAUAAAGAAACAUAUAAUUAUUCAAUAGAUCAUAUUAAUGAAUUGAAUUUAACAGAGAUUGAUAUUGAAAUUAUAAUCAAACAUGCAUUUCAAGAAGCUAAAAAGUAUGUUUCAAUGGUUAAUAUGACUCAAUUUUUGAAAACAAAAAAUAUACAUACAUUAUCAAGUUUAAGUACAUUUACAAGAACAAUUUUAAAUAGAUCAUCAUCAAAAAUUAUUGAUUAUACAAUUGAUAAUAAUAGUUCGGAUGAAGAUUCUGAUGAAGAGAAUUUAUAUAGUGCAAAUAGUAUUUCGGAUGUGUUGAAUAAUGAAGAUCAAUUCUCACCAAAUAGUACUGAUGACGAAGAGGAAGGAAAUGUAAUAGCAAUUGAUGUUCCUCAUACAGCACAAAAAAAAUUCAAUGGUUGUCGUAUAUACGACAAAAUCAAUCCACAACAGUCAAAAAAAUAUUUUCGUAUACGUAUUGGUUCAUCAUAUAAAUUUAUACACAAGCAAACAGCUUGCUGGUUGCUUACAACAGAUAAACAACGACUCUCAAGUGAUCGUUUAAUUCGCGUUCGAAAAUAA